AUGGAUGUUCUAAUCACACUUUUCUACAUAUUGUUUUCGAUAUGCGUCGUUUAUCCGCCCACGGAAUUCGUAUCCGCUGGGUUCACAAUACCGCAAGUGUUCGAAGGAUUUCUGGGCUCUGAAAAUACAAAUUUUAUCAAGUAUCAUAUGAAGAGAAUUACUAUAACUGUGUUAUUACAUGCGUCUUUACCUCUUGGUUAUAUUGUAACAUUGUGGUGUAGUGGAGAACAUGGCGAAUGGUUGCUGUUCUCACUCAUUGCAACCGCUUUGAUACCCACAUUUAUGCUGUAUAAAGUAACUUGUUGGUGGGAGUAUGAUAAGAAGAACCAUCCUGUAGUUAAAGCCUUGCUGCCUUAUGUAUCUUCAGGGGGAGAUUGGAGAAUUUUGGCAGCAGAUUUCAAUAUAGAAUUUAGAGGGGUAGAUAAGGUGUCCAUACCACUUAAUGCUACUAACAAGGUGAUUGCAACGCAAACCUGGCUAAUAAAAGUAUCACAAUACAACAUCAAUAUCAUUAAACAAGCUGAUUGUGCACUGGUUGCGACUACUGCUGACAUACACAACCUCGCACCGGCCGGUGAAGAGGAAGUCCAAUAUGUGAACAUAGAAGUAAUAUCAUCCCGAGACGAUAUGAAACAAUUCGGCUUCCGCAUAUCGACGGCGGCACUUCGCGAGCUUCAACCGGGGCUUGAGAGACCCAUCAGAGUACCAGAGCAUAUCUCACUGAUGCCCCCUCUCAUCGAGAGGUUCGUGCAUGUUUUCAAAGAGCAUGUCAGUCAGAAUCCUGUCUAUUAUGUUGAUCAGGAGCUAGAGCAGUGCAUAGGUUGUAUGCAGAAUCCAGCUGACGUCAAGAUUAACAAAAGGUGCGAUCCGCCCGCCUACAUUGCGGAGGGCGCACCGCCGCCUUGCCAACAGUGCAAUUGUAGAGUGCUAUGGUGCUGCGCAUGCAUGGCUCGCUGGUGGGCAACGCGUGCUGCCGGUGUUCCAAGCUCCUGGCUGUCUGCGCGAGGCUCUUGCCCGGUCUGCCGUGCCGUCUUCUGCUUGCUAGAUGUUAGCUUCGCCGCACCCAGGACGACCGCCACGUGA